CUCUUCGCGCUGAGCGUGGCGCCGUACGUGCUUUUUCUGAAACGCGUGAACGACGCGCCGAGCGCGACGGUGGAGAUGCGGCAAGCGUUCGCGACGCUGUUGCUGUUCGUGCUGAUCUCGAUACCUGCGGAGGCGUACACGAAGAGCGCGUACGGGGAGGUGCUGAGUAACAUCGACGCGCUGCAUUUUUUGAUUCAGAGCGCCAUCAGUUUGACGAAUUUGAGGAUAUUGCUCGCGUUUCGGCGA